CCACUUCGGCAACUUCCGCCGGUUCGGUCGGAAAUGGCCGAAGACGUGCGAGACCCAGCGGUUUAAGGGGAGAAGACCGGCCGGCUUCUCGGAAUAAACCAACUGUGUCCGGCCCGUGGGGGGGGGAGCAGGGGAGGGCGGACAGAGCGGGAAGACGAGGCAGCGGCUAUGGCUCCCCCCCCAGCCACUAGCGGCUCUGCCGGGAGGGCGAAGUGAGGGCGCCGAGAGGCUCCAGACAGAUGAGUAGAGAGCUGGCUGCAGAAGAGGGACAGAUUCCAGCUUGCCAGCUGCUCACCGUGUACAGAGGGAAACCCUUGAGAUCAGCGCUGGGAGGAAGAAGAGAGGUGGAGGAGGAGUCGAUGUGGGAUGUGGGACAGGUCUGAGCCAAGGAGCUGAGGGACAGCAGGAGAAUGCUCAGCAACCUGAAUAUCCACACAGGAGAAUACUCAGUAACCUGAAUAUCCACACAGGAGGAUACUCAGCAACCUGAAUAUCCACACAGGAGGAUAUUCAGAAGCCUUGCUGCUGUCAGGGUAACCAGCAUCUGCCCAGGAUGGUUUCAGAAGACAAAUCCAUGAGGUUCAGUUUGCCCACAGCACAUCUUCCUGCCCUUCAUGGGAAUGGAUUCCAGGAGGAUCCGCUCCAUCCAUCCCUGCCCACAGCCUUCAGCUGGCAGCAAGGCGUUGCUGUCCUCUUUAUGCCAGGAAUGGCAGAGCAUCACCCUCCCAGCAGCGAUGAGAGAGACUGACAGUGCUACGAGUCCCUUCUGGCUCCGUCUGCCCGACGGCUGCUGCCGCUGCAUAUUCAUCGGAUGGUAAUGCGCGAUGUCGGCAGCAGUGGUAGAGUUUGGCUCGGUCCCGCUGCGUUUUUCUCCUGCCAGUUGUGACUCUGGAUCACCAUGACAACGCUGUGACACUUCCAGCAAAGGUUGCCCACGGACCAAGGGUGGGCUGGGGGUGGGCGAGAAGGUCAAUGAUCGAGUCUGACGGGGUCAGGAGUUGCACCUGCAGCAAAACGACCGUGGAAGAGCCGCCGGCACGGCAAGAAGAUGAAAUUCCCCUUCCAUUGGCUUCUUGUUGAGCAGGCACAAUAACAUUUCCCUUGGAGAGACUCGCUGUAAAAACUCUUUUGGUUAUGGCUACUGAUCCGACGUGAUUGCGCGCGCGGCGACUUUGGAACUCAUGACUGGCUAUACGAUGUUGCGCAAUGGGGGAGUGGGGAACGGAGGCCAGCCGUGGGUGUUGAGGUGGUCCAGUCGGAUCCGGCUCACCUGGCUUAGCUUCACCCUCUUCGUCAUCCUCGUUUUCUUCCCCCUCAUCGCCCACUACUACCUGACCACCAUCGACGACGCGGACGAUGCCGGCAAGCGCAUCUUCGGCCCGCGCACCGGCAACGAGCUGUGCGAGGUGAAGCACGUGCAGGACCUGUGCCGCAUCCGCGAGUCGGUCAGCGAGGAGCUGCUCCAGCUCGAGGCCAAGCGGCAGGAGCUCAACAGCGAGAUCGCCAAGCUCAACCUGAAGAUCGAGGCCUGCAAGAAGAGCAUUGAAAAUGCCAAGCAGGACCUGCUGCAGCUGAAGAACGUCAUCAGUCAGACUGAGCAUUCCUACAAAGAGCUGAUGGCUCAGAACCAGCCCAAGCUCUCCUUGCCCAUCCGGCUGCUGCCAGACAAGGACGACGCCACCUUCCCCCUGCCGAAAUCCAACAGGAACUGCAGGCUGCACAACUGCUUUGACUACUCGCGCUGCCCGCUGACGUCUGGCUUUCCAGUCUAUGUCUACAACAGUGACGAUUACCCUUUUGGUAGUUCCUUAGACCCUUUAAUUAAACAGGCCUUUGAGGCGACUGUCAGAACUAAUGUUUAUGUUACUGAAAAUGCAAAUAUUGCUUGUGUGUAUAUAAUUUUAGUGGGGGAAAUGCAAGAGCCCGUAAUGCCAAAACCUACUGAACUAGAGCAACAGUUGCACUCUUUGCCAUAUUGGAGGACUGAUGGACACAACCAUCUCAUCAUCAAUCUAUCGAGGAAGUCGGAAACUCAGAACUUCAUUUACAACAUCAGCACGGGGCGCGCCAUGAUCGCCCAGUCCACCUUUUACGACGCCCAGUAUCGACCGGGCUUUGACAUCGUGGUGUCACCUCUGGUCCACGCCAUGUCCGAGCCCAACUUCCUGGAGAUCCCGCCCCAGGUGCCGGUCAAGCGUAAGUACCUGUUCAGUUUCCAGGGGGAGAAGAUCGAGUCCCUCCGCUCCAGCUUGCAGGAGGUUCGCUCUUUCGAGGAGGAGAUCGAAGGCAACGCCCCGGCCGACUACGACGACCGGAUCAUCACCACCUUGAAGGCUGUUCAGGACAGCAAGCUGGACUUUGUUCUGGUGGAGUUCACGUGUAAGAACCAGCCUAAGGCGAGUCUGCCCACUGAGUGGGCUCUGUGUGGAGAAAGGGAAGACAGACUAGAGCUACUGAAGCUUUCUACUUUUGCACUGAUCAUCACCCCCGGGGACACCCGUUUAGUGAUCUCCGCCGGGUGUACCAUGAGACUGUUUGAGGCUCUGGAGGUCGGGGCCAUCCCGGUGGUUCUCGGAGAGCAGGUUCAGCUACCCUACAACGAUGUGAUCCGGUGGAACGAGGCAGCCUUAAUCAUACCAAAGCCACGUAUCACAGAAGUGCACUUUCUUCUGAGAAGCAUUUCUGACAACGACCUCCUUGCCAUGAGGAGGCAGGGCCGCUUCUUGUGGGAGACCUACUUCUCCACCUCCGACAACGUCUUCAGCACAGUCUUAGCCAUCAUAAGGACUCGAAUCCAAAUCCCAGCUGCUCCUAUCCGGGAAGAGCCCGCCGUGGAGAUCCCCCACCGGUCUGGCAAAGCUGCUGGUACAGACCCCAAUAUGGCAGACAAUGGUGACCUGGACUUGGGGCCUGUGGAAACAGAGCCGCCCUACGCCUCUCCCAAAUAUCUCCGCAAUUUCACCCUCACCGCGAUGGAUAUCUACAGGAAUUGGAAUUCUGCCCCGGGGCCUUUCCACCUCUUCCCCUACACUCCCUUUGACCCCGUUUUACCAUCAGAGGCAAAAUUUUUGGGGUCUGGGACUGGAUUUCGACCAAUUGGUGGAGGAGCAGGUGGCUCUGGGAAGGAGUUCCAGGCUGCUUUGGGUGGCAACGUCCCGCGGGAGCAGUUCACGGUGGUGAUGUUGACUUACGAGCGGGAGGAAGUGCUGAUGAACUCCCUAGAAAGGCUCAAUGGUCUCCCCUACUUAAACAAAGUUGUGGUGGUGUGGAACUCUCCCAAGCUUCCCUCCGAGGAUCUCUUGUGGCCGGACAUUGGCGUCCCAAUCAUGGUGGUGCGCACGGAGAAGAACAGCCUCAACAACCGGUUCCUGCCCUGGGACGAGAUCGAGACCGAGGCCAUCCUGUCCAUCGACGACGACGCCCACCUGCGCCACGACGAGAUCAUGUUCGGCUUCAGGGUGUGGAGGGAGGCCAGGGAUCGCAUCGUGGGCUUCCCGGGCCGCUACCACGCCUGGGACAUCCCGCACCAGUCCUGGCUCUACAACUCCAACUACUCCUGCGAGCUCUCCAUGGUGCUCACUGGUGCUGCCUUCUUCCACAAGUACUAUGCCUACCUGUACUCCUACGUGAUGCCCCAGGCCAUCAGGGACAUGGUGGACGAGUACAUCAACUGCGAGGACAUCGCCAUGAACUUCCUGGUGUCCCACCUGACCAGGAAACCUCCCAUCAAGGUGACCUCCCGCUGGACCUUCCGCUGCCCCGGCUGUCCCCAGGCUCUGUCCCACGACGAUUCCCACUUCCACGAGCGGCACAAGUGCAUCAAUUUCUUUGUGAAGGUGUACGGGUACAUGCCCCUGCUCUACACCCAGUUCCGCGUCGACUCGGUCCUCUUCAAGACCCGCCUGCCCCACGACAAGACCAAAUGCUUCAAGUUCAUCUAGGAGGGGAGAGCUGGACCCUGCCAGCUGCCAGCUGAGGCGGGAGAGGCCGGCACGGGGCUGCUUUGGUGGGCUGUGAGUGCAGAAGGCUGUGGGAAAUGGGCCAGCCUGGACUGGGAUGGGCUCUUCCCUCUUCCCAAAGUGGCUCACCUGGACAGGGAAUGGGAUCCCAUAGCCCCUGUGAGGACACACCUGGACAGGGAAUGGGACCCCGUGGCUCCUGUGAGGGCACACCUGGACAGGGAAUGGGACCCCGUGGCUCCUGUGAGGGCACACCUGGACAGGGAAUGGGACCCCGUGGCUCCUGUGAGGACACACCCACGGAUCAUACACUGAGGAAUGGCUCGCUGGCCACUGGCUCUGCCCCUUCGCUAGCCAAGGGCAGCCGUUCUUUUUAAUUAUAAUUAUUGUUAUUUAAAAUGAAAGUGUUUUAGAUUUGCCACGUGAGGCGCUUUUUUUGUUUUCUUUUCUUUUCCCUCUCCUCUCCCCGCCCCAUUUUCCCCUCUGGACCCUUCAGCCCAUCCCAGGGUGCUGUAGCAAGGCCAGGUUGGAGGUGUUUGGGCAGCUCCUGUUAGCAGUGCUGUCCCCAUCCUUCCUGCCAUGGCACAGCCCUUCCCACCCACCACAUCCUGGCUGCUCUUGCCCUGUGGCUGCUACUGAGGCCUCUCAGGUGUCACCAGGUGAGGAGCCCUUUGCUCUGCUCCCCACCCUGAGCCCCUGGACAGGGGUGGGGCUGGCCUGGAUGGUCCUGCCUGGCUCCAGCUCUGGCCCCUGUGCUGUUCCCGUGCUGCAGCCCAGGGGGUUCAGUUGCUGCUGUCUCAGUGUCUUUCCCACCUUGUCCUGCUGAUCCUCUAAAGACAGGGAGCGUGUCUGGGGCUUAGGGAAGAUCCACCUGCAGCACAGCCAGGGCUCCUGCAGGCUCUGACCCUUCUCUGUGCUCAGCCUGGGUGUGCCAGAGCUGCAGUUCCCACUCUGCCUCGUCCCCAUCCCAGAGCUCUCCGUGCCUGUGUCGGGUUUGCCGUGGGCCUCAGCACAGCUGCCUUAACCCCAGCCCAUCCUCACAGCCUGGCUCUGGGCUGUGUCUGAGGCUUAAUCCCAGCAGGAGUUUCCUAGAAUCUCAUCUUCACACAGAUGCUGCUGGGAUCAGGUUCACAGCGUGGGUUUGGAGCUGGUUCCUCUCCUCCAGAGCAAAAUGCUGUCACACUGUGACCACCCGAGCUUCAGCCUCAGGCCCACUGGACACGAGGGGAGCACAGGAGGGAAGGGCAGAGCUUGGCCCUCAUGUGGUGUUAACCCUCAGCACAUCCCAGAUGUUUGUGAGCAGCCUGGAGAAGUUGCUGUGUAGGUGGGAAGGUGGCACUUGUGUGGUCACCUCGAUGUCCCUGGAUGUCACCCCUGCUGUGUGGGAGCAGGGAUGGUCCAGCAGCAGCUCCUGGGCUCAUUCCCAAGGUCAGCCCUGCCCGUGCUCCUCCUGCACCACGUUCUGGGGCCUCUCCAAACUUCUCUCCCCAGGCUUUCCUAUCAGCACUGACACUUCCUCUGUGGGAAGGGGAGGGAAGGAGCAGCCUGUUCCCAGCAGAGCCCACGGCUCGUGCCUUCACCAGCACCACCACUGACCACAGCAAAAUGGAUCAAGGAAUCUUUUCCUAUGUUGUUUUUCCCCUUUCCAUUUCCUUUUUGUUUUAACAUCAGAUGCCCAAAACGCAGCACGUGAAGUCUCAGAGUCUCCUUAAAAAUGCCACGAGAGACUCCUGCACGCCCUGGAACACCUGGAAGGAUUCUCUGAAUGUGGCACUGGUCAGGAGCUGUGUCAGCUCCAGCAAUCCUGAGGGGCCUGAGCUGCUCCUCCAGGGCUUUAAUUCCUUCCUCAUUAGUGGGGGUUCGUUAGCAGCGAUGCCGUGGCUCAGGCACAGCCCAGGCCCGGGGUCAGCUCUGCCUUCCCAGCCCUCCUGGAGCACGGAGUGAUGUGGGAUGGAUGAACUUCAUCCAACACAGGCACUGCUCAGCAGCCUUCAGCCUUUCAAAUCCACAGGGAAAUGUUAUUCCAGUGAGAGCCUGGGGGAGCACAAAUGGGAUGGGAUGGGAAGUGUUGGCAUUCCCAGGGUGUCCUGGGGCUCAGGAUGCUCAGGGGGUCAGAGCCCCAGGCUGGAAAUUCUGCUCUCCCUUGCUGGGUGUUGAUUUGAGGCCAGUUGAGAUCAGAGAUCAUCAGAACAAAUCCAGCUGCUCUGCCUCCCUCUCUUUGGCCUUUUCCCAAGCUGGUUUUUUUUUUUUUUUUUGCUGGGAAGGUCCCCCUGUCCACUGUGCUGGAGCAGGGACAGGAUGUGCAGUGGAUGUGCAGUGGGAUCUCUCUGUGUGUUGUGGAAUGAAUUCCUCCUUGCUGAGCACCCCUAAAGGGGAAGGAUUUGGGGUGAAGGGGUAAAGAGGCUGCUCCUGGGAGAUACCUGGGCAGCAGCAGCGUAGGGAGGGAUGGAAUUCUGUGGGGAAAUGAAAUGCCAGCAGGAACAUUUUCCCCACCCACUGGUGGUGGGAUGGUGGAGGGCUGGUGCUGCCCCUCCCAGAGCUGCUGCAGCUCUUUCCCAAAUCAUCCCAAACACCACGGAACCCCUGGAGUACAGGAUUGGGAUUGACACCCAGCUUUCUGCUCCUGAGACAUGCCAGCACCUGGGAGGAGAGGGGGCUUUUCCAGAGAGUGCUCCUGCCCGUGCCACCAUCCCAAACAUCCUUCCUUGCUCCCACCCGUCGUUCUCCCGGGAUUUUCAGGGCAUCCCAGGCUCACUCCGAAGCUCAGGUUUGGUUGGAUGAUCCAUCCCAGCUCCUGGGGCCCGUGGCCUCCACCAUCCCAGCCCUGAGGAGACGGGAAGGGCUCUUGGCAGCUGCCCCUGUUCCCUGUUCCAGAGUUUCUGCUGCUCCCCCCGGGCACGGAGCGAGGCCUUUCCCGCUGUAAAUAGCAACGACUGAGGUGACACGGCCCCUGCCCUCCCCUUGUGCCCACGGUGCUGUGAGCACCAGGAUUUCAAAUCCAACAGGAACUGAGAGACAAGGAACACUCCUCCUUCGACACGAGCACAAUGUUGAGUUUUUUGUAAAAGGUUCCAAUAAAUGGAGAGUUUAACUUGG